UGUGCAUAUAUGGUAUGUACCACUCAAGGGUGAGUUUCUUAAGUAAUAUGUGGCUAAUCUAGCAGAAAUGCGUUCCUUCCAGGCUUGGGGAGGUCAACGACUAUAUUUCAUUCCAGCUUGGGGAGGUCAACGAAUAUAUUUCAUUUCAGCUUUAAAAGACUUUAGAUAAGAAGAUAAGUCAGUAAUUUGUUUUUUCUCCGACUGGUGCAAACUGAAGACGGAAGUAGUGGCAGAACUCGCGUACAUAGCGUGAGUUUUCCCAACUGAAGAAUUUUCGCAGCGAGUCCGAAGAUUCGCACAUCGUCUGAUUUGAGUCUAGUUAAUAAAAGAAAAAAGAAUCACGAGGUACUGUGACGUCAUGUAUUUCCUCAGGCUGUCGCCAUAUCGCCAUUGACGUUUGUUGUUUUCUGUUGAUUUUGCUGUUUUCAAUCGGUGUUCCAGUUAGUGUCUUUGACCUCUUCCGAUUUCUGAAUGCGAGUUGAACUAUGUGAAGAAAUCAGUUUACCUGCCUGUAAAGAGGAUUUGGGAUCCGAAUUGGGCGUCCUCUACGAUAAAAUUUCGCGGUCAGCUCGGCGCACAUUCAAGGAAAGUGAGCGAAGAUGGCUAGAGCAGUUAUUGACGACUACAGGACGUCAUUGGAAGAUUUGACCUUCAAUUCGAAACCUCAUAUCAACGCGCUAACUAUGUUAGCUGAAGAAUAUCUUCCCCAUGCAGAUGUUAUCGUUCGUUUGAUAGAAGCCAAGUUAAAUAAGGCUCCAUCGAACGGAAAACUACCUCUUAUGUACCUGAUGGAUUCAAUUGUCAAGAACGUGAAGAAGAACUAUGUUCCUCUCUUUGCUGAAAACCUCGUAAAAAGCUUCAAUACAACUUUUGACACGGGUGAUGAAAAGACCAAGAUAUCUUUAUACAAGCUUCGUUCCACGUGGGACAGUUAUUUUCCAUUGAAGACUCUUUACAAACUUGAUGUAGCUGUGAACAAUAUUGAUUCGGCCUGGCCAGUUAAACCUCUUCCUGCAAGUCUUCAAGAAAAGCCUUCUACAAGCAUCCAUGUAAAUCCUAAGUUUCUAAAAAAGGUUGAUGCUGUUCCAGUCACAAGUGUUGCGGUUGAUACCCCAGCCGUUCAUGACAGCGUCGACCUUAAACAAGAUUUAAUAAACAAACAAAAACAAUUAUUGGAUCUGCAGCAACAAAAGUUGUUGUUAGAACUUGAACAAACAAAACAACAACUUGCAAUGAGAGAGAAAAGAAAUCAACUCGCUGCUAAGAAGCAGCCUGAAGCUGUUUCAAAAGAUCCAAGAUUGAAGCAAGCUGCUGCUUCCGUAGCUCCAACAGGACUAAGGGUGACUGUUGUAACAAAUGGCCAGAAGCCUCAAGUUCGUGGUAAUACCAAAGAUCCAAGAAAUCAAACUGCUGCUAAGAACACGCAUCCACCAUCUGCUGAGACUAAAAAACAACCUGCUACAUUGGAUCCGAGGGCGAAGAAUGUAGCCAUUAAGAAAUCUCCUGCAAAUUCUCCUGCAGAAAAGCCAAAAAUAGUUAAAAAGUCUCCAAAUGACACGGAGAAAAUUAAAAAGAAAAAGGUAUCGCCACAGACUGUAAAAAGGUUGGCAAAAACAUCACCUAAAAAUUUUGCUAAAAAUGAGGUAAAAAAGACGAAAUUAUUUAAAAAGAAAACUGAAGUAAAAACAGUCAAAAAUACACAAUCGGAAGCUGUUCAACAAUCAAAAGAAAACAUUAGACAAAAGGGACAGUUGAAACAUAUAGAUGGAGAAAUAUCAAAGAAACGGGACAGACCUGGUCGUCGUUCACCACCUCGUAAUCAAGCACCUCCUGCUAAGUUAGCCAGGAGAAGCACUUCUAUUGAAAGGCGUAGUCCAUCUUCCCCCAUCAGAAGACGCUUAGAACACCCGAAAAAUGCACCAAUACAAAGGAGUGCUGCUGCUAGAGAGGUGGAACAAAUACGACGAGAUUCCCCAAUGCCCUCUGAUGGAUCAAUCUCACCUCGCUUUUCUCCAGAGCCAGAUGAAUCACCUGUUAAACGCAAUCGGAACUGGAGACCACCUGUCAAACGAAUCCGACACAUCCAAUCACCACCUGAAAGUUGGCAAAGAGAAGAAAUGCCACCUCGUCCGAGUCCCCCAGUAAGACGAAGAACAAGUGUGGAUCCCAAUGUUCGAAUACCUCAGGAACUAACUCUCGGUCAUCAAGCUGAAAUUUUGAAACAGGCUGAAAUUCAACUUCAAAGUGGGCAGUUGACUCACACUCAACAUCAGGAACUCCUAAAACAACUUCACCAACUGUUUGAAUUACAGCGUCUUCGAAGUCUACAACAUGUUGCUCACCAUGAAAUGCCAUUACGAACCCAGCCACCCAUACCACUGAACCACCAUAGGAUACACAACGAAGACUAUAUUCAACAUGACCAGGCUAAUUUUUCGCAUGAUGUUAUGCAAAGGCAAGAUGAGAAUAGACCACCACCAUUCAGACCUCCGCCUUCACCACCUAGAAUGGAAAUGGAACAGAGAGACCGAAAUGAUUUUUCAAGACCACUUCAUUCCCAGCGUCUUACCCCACCGCCGAUGCCUCCCACUGAUCCAAGGAUGAAUCAUCAUCCAUAUCGUCCUUCUCCACAAAGAGAAGACCAGCAUUUUGUUGGACAAGAUGUUUAUAUUGACCAUAUUGAACCUCCACCUAGGCCAGCUUUUCUUAAUGAACGACAUGAACAAAUGGAAAUUGAUAAUAGGCGUCGCGGACCUGGUCCUGGACCUAUUCGAAGGCGCCAUAGCGGAGAAUGGGAGAGACCACCACAAGGGCGUUCUGUUGGUGGGUAUGGAGAAGACACUGGAAAUGUUUUUGUUAUAGAAAGCAGUUCACAAUCUCCAGUAAGGGAAGAACCAUUUCUACCUAUAGAUGCACCAAAUAAUAGAGGAAGGCAUCCUAGAGGCUUCAGACAAUCAAGAAAUCUGAAUUCACAAAGGGGAAAGAAAGUACACUCAGAACGAGUACCACUCCGAGCUUAUGCUCACCCUGAGACUGAAUCUGAGCCUCGGCGCCCAGUACCUUUAAAAAGGAAAGAUACUCGGGAUAGACCGAGGCGUUCCCCACCUAGAAAGACUCAGGAUAGAAAGCUACCUCGACACUCACGUAAACAUUCUCCAGUUUCCGAGCGAAAUAAAAGAAUUGCAAAGAAAAAGGAUGAGAAAAAACAGGAAAAGAGUGAUGGGGAGGAAGAUAUCCCAAGAUUGGAAGAACCAGAAGAUUAUAUUAUCGCUAAUAUUCCUCCUGAAGCUGAAGUUUAUCAUAAACAUUCAAUGUCUUUGAAAAAGACACGGACGGCAUCUGAUUCCGCACAACAAGACUUACAAAAGCAAUCAUCGUCAGAAAGUUUAUCAGAUGUAAAAGAAGAAAUUACGGAAGUUGUUCCGAAAUCUGAUGAAAAUGCUGGAAAUAAUUCACUAAUGCAUUUAUCUUCUCCGGACAUCAAUAAGAAAAUAGAUGAAGAAGUAAAUCGAUCUCCAUCUUUGCCGUUGAAGAAAAGAAAAUAUUUAAUUUCGUCUUCUAGUGAUCUUAAAGAUGAUGCCGGUACUACAACAGAGCCAGAAUCUGAUACAGCUGAUUUGCAAUUGAAAGAUGCUGCCACUGUGGAGAUUGAAAAAAAAGAUAUUCAGUCGCCGAAACACGAUGGUGAAAGUGAAGACAAAGACGAAGAAGAGAAGCCGGAAGUUGACGAUGAUCAACCAUCUGAGAAACCUACUGAUAAUCUUAUCAACAAAGAGCAGGAAUUAGACUCUAAAGAUAAGGAAUCUGAUAAUUUAUCAAAAGAAUCAGCUUCCAUUGAAAAAGAAAUAGCGGCGGAAGAUAAAACUGAUUUAGAAAAAAUUGAAAAUGCUGCACAAAAUGACAAGGAAGAUACUGAAAAGACACCUGAAAAGUCGCCUGAAAGGGACAUAAAGGAUAAUAAACAUGAAGGGAGAUUGAAAAGGAUUCAAGAACUUGCCAUGAAAGAUGGAUCAAAAACUCCUGCUCAAAAAAAAAUGAUGAAAGACCGAAUAAUGGAGAAAGGCCGUGAUAAGUCCCGCAAUAAAGAUAAAGGACGAAAAAGGGAAGUAAUGGACGACGAAAAUUUAACCAAAUCAGAAAAAGAGAGGAUGGACGUCAUGAUGGCGGAAGAAGAAGAAAUGCUGAGAUGGGAAGCAGAACUUGAAAAAGAAUUGGAACGAGAGGAAUUUGCCAGAAUACAAGAAAUGGAAGCUCAUGGUAGAGGUCCGAUGCAAAACAGAGGUGGUGGACCUAUGAGACGGGGAUGGGGGAGAGAUAGAGGUGGUGGACGAGGUUUUGGCAGAGAGAGAAGAGACGGUCGAAGAAACUGGGGAGGUAAUGAAGAAUUCUGGGAAGAAGAACCACCGGGCAGAAUUCCUCCACUCAUGCCCAUGGACAAGGAUAGACCCCCAUUCCCAGAUCGGCGACGCCCUGAAAGAAUGCGUCCCCAUCCAGACAGAAUGCCACCACAUCCUAGGGACAGAGAGUGGUUUGGACCACAUGACAGGAACAGGAGAGGUCCUCCUCCACCCGAGUUCGAUGGACCUUGGGUCGAUGAUGAACCUCGAGGUCCACCAAUGAGGGGUGGACGAUUUGAACCCAGAGGUAGAUUUAGACCUGGACAUGGUCCUCCAGAUGACCGAAUGUUGCCACCUCAUCAUCGGGAUGAAAGAAUGGAAAUGAAUGAUCGAAGAGGUCCACCAAUACGCGAUGAUAUGCCGGGUCCUCAUCCUAUGCACGAACCUCGAGGACCUCCAUCUCCACCUCGAGAUGAGAUGAAUCAGGUCAAUGUAAACAAACUAUUGAGUGACUUACUCAAUAUGGGAAUUAUACCUGGAAAUAAACCAAAACCUGUUGAAGCUGAAAAGCCAUCGAGCGGUCCACCAAGUCGCAAUGCAAGUCCACUGCCAAUCAAUCCAACUCUCGCCAAUAUUGUAAAGCCAGAAAAACCAGCAUCCCCUGAUCUGGACGCUUCGGCUAUAACAAGCUUAGCCAAGAGUUCUGUUGCAAUAGAACAAGAAGCAACACGAGUGCCUACACCAGUAUUUGAAGAUUUGUUAACUCUUGAUCCAGAUGCAAAUCUACCUGAAGUUACAUUCAAUGACGUUGAUAAGUUAAAAAUAAGAUGUGAUGAUCUUAUUAAAAGACUUUAUACUGGAAUCCAGUGUUCUGCUUGUGGAAUGCGAUUUACUGCUUGUCAAACAGACAUGUAUGCUGAACAUCUUGACUGGCAUUAUAGAGCCAAUCGCAAGGAUAAAGAUGGAGUAAAGGAAACACACAGAACUCUUUAUCCCACAGCUGGGGAAUGGAUAAUGUAUGAAGAGAUUGUUGAUCCCUCCCAAAGAGCUAAGAAUCAAGUAUUUGAUGAAGAAAUGGAACAAGGAGAAGAGACUGAAGCACCGGCAAAACCACAAAAUUCUGAAGAUUUAGUAGUACCUGUUGCACAACACCCCGAACAGGAUAAAUGUAAUGUCUGUCAUGAAGCAUUCAAAACAGUAUAUAACGAUGAAGAAGAGGAAUGGCAAUAUGUAAACUGUGUUGCAGUAGACGGCAAAAAUUUCCAUCCAAAUUGCUAUGCAGAUCACAAUGAUCAACGCGACUCUGAUCCGUUACCUACGCCCAUCAGAGUUCCGCUUUAUAACCCGAUGGAAUCAAGUUUAAAGGGAAUCCCCGGACUUGAUACUUUACUUACUCAGGACGAAUCAAAAUCAGAAGAAGAAGCUGAUGAACAGAAGGAAAAUGCUGACCAACCAGAGGAGGAAAAAGUUGAUGCCGAAUCUGGUUUGGCAGAGAAAGAUCAACAGGAAGAAUUUUUGAAAACCACUGAACAUGAUGAAACAAUGGAACAACCAGCUUUUGCUGGAAAUGAUGAAACAGAGCAAGCAGAUGAUGUAAAAUCUGAAAUUAAUGAAGAGAAUUCGAAACGUGAAUUGGAAUCUGAAACUAAUGUUGAUAAUGGGGCGAGUAACGAUAUUGUUGAAAACAUGACAAUGGAACCAACGACUACCUCAUCUGACCAAGAACCUACAACUGAACCAUCAUCAGAGCCCACGACAAGUAUGGUUGAAGAUGAAAUGCCUUCAGAGAGUUCCAAAGAAACACAGCCAGAUGAAACCGAGCAACCAGAUGGGACGGACCAACCAUUUGUCAUACUGAAUCCUGCUAAUGAUGAAGGAAUUUUUUCACAAAAUGAUGAAAACAAACCCCCUGAUAACAUUGCAACUGAAGAAACUACUCAAGUUGUGGCACCAUUUGUAGUUCCAACUGAUGAAUCUCUUGUUAGUGCAGUAAAUAAUGAAUCUGAUAUGGAUGCCACCGAUAUUGAUUUAGGCAAACAGUUGGUUGAAAAAAGCGAAGUUAGUGAUGAACCUGAUUCGGUUCAAAAAAAUGAAAAUUUCAAUUCUGGUUCAGAUAGCCCUAUUAUGGAUAACACAACUCAGCUUUCUUCCCCUGUUCGAGAAAACACAGGCAGUGAGGAAUCGUCAGAUCAUGAAAGUGAUAAUGAUUCAGAUGAUGGUGGUGUCACUGUAACAAUCUGAAAAUGUGUUUCGUUUAUUUUGAAGAUAUAGGAACAUUAUUAAAUAAAUUUUCUUCGGUAACUGGUUGAUAUCAUUUGCGACCUUCUAAAGGUCUCAUGAAUUUCCUAUCCCGACUCGUAAGUUUGAAUUAAGCACCAUAUAUAUAUUUGAAAUCAAAUAAUCGUUUCUUCUCACUAAAACAUUUGUGCCUUUGUGGAACUCUGUUCACAAAUUACCGUUUUGAGUGACCAUAUAUAAAACUUGAUGAUAAUUGUUAAUAUUCUUCGGUUAUGACUUAUGUUCCUAUAACUCAUCUUUAAUUGAAUUUGUUCUUUAUGUUGAACUCUCGGUAACUAUUUGGCUUGAGAUUGCAAUAAUGCAUUGUUUGUGGCCAUAUUUGUGCUUUAACUUAUGCAUAGAGUUCGUACGGUAUGUCUUCUUGACUGUCUAUACCUAAAACUAUCACAGACUGACAUUGAUUUUUCCUGAUUCUGGUGGAUUCUGGAUUCUGGAUUUUUCUUGCCUUGCUAGUUGCUGUAGUUUGUUUGAGCAAAUAACCUUGGUCAUGUCCACUCAUGUUGAUUAAUUGUACUUGAAUCUCGAAAUUUCAACUAAAAAUCAAAGUGUUUUGUUUCCUAUGGUUUUUUUAAAAUUAGAUUCAUGCUAUCCCUUGCUUUCGAAAAUUCCGGAGCGAACAGCAAAUUCAGCACUGUGAGUGCCUAUAUUGUGGCACGAAAGAGUUCAUUGUUUUUCACUUCUUUAGUGUUAAUAUUAAACAUUUCGUCAGCACACUUUUUUUUCUGCAAUUUUUUGAGUUUAAAGAUAAAGAUAUUUCUUUUACUUGCUUCUUGGUAUUGUUUGGUGGUUAUUAGGGAAUGUAUAUAAGUAGUAUUAUUACUCAACUCAAAGCAGGCUCCGUGGUUGCACCUGUGUUUGGAAUCGCAUGUCGUCGAUUAUGUCGCUGAAAUAUUCGGUAUUUGUGAUUUUCGUUAGAUGGCUGGCAAUAAAAGGUUUCCAGGAAA